AACUUCUCUCUUCUUUUCUUACAGUGUGCGCUCACCUAGACGGCCGGGCAGUUAGGAUCGUCUAUUGGAUGUGAAACCAGAGAUGCCCGCCAGCCUGAAAUAGAGAGGAAGAGAGCAAGCAGAUUUGAACCUAUCUGCUUUCAAGCUGGUCAUCACGAUGAAACUUAGACACAGGUCUCUGUUGUCCAGGCUGGAGUGCAGUGGUGCCAUCAUAGCUCACUAUAACUUUGAACUCCUGGGAUCAACCAGUCCUCCCGCCUCAGCUUCCUGAGAGCUAGGACUACAGAAAAUAAAAAGCCAGGUGAAGCUUCCAAGGGCCACAAGAAGAUAAGUUGGCCCUACCCUCAGCCUGCAAAGCAAAAUGGGAAGAAAGCAACCUCCAAAGUGCCCUCUGCACCUCAUUUUGUUCACCCCAAUGAUCAUGCCAAUCGAGAGACUGAAUUAAAGAAGAAGAGGGUUGAGGAGAUGAGGGAGAAGCAGCAGGCUGCCCGGGAGCAAGAAAGACAAAAACGCAGGACCAUCGAGAGCUACUGUCAGGAUGUCCUAAGACGCCAGGAGGAGUUUGAGCAUAAGGAGGAAGUUUUGCAGGAAUUAAAUAUGUUUCCUCAGCUGGAUGACGAGGCCACAAGGAAGGCUUAUUACAAGGAGUUCCGUAAGGUGGUGGAAUACUCUGAUGUGAUUCUGGAAGUCCUGGAUGCCAGAGACCCAUUAGGCUGCCGCUGCUUCCAAAUGGAGGAGGCUGUCCUGCGAGCACAAGGCAACAAGAAGCUGGUCCUGGUCUUGAACAAGAUUGACCUGGUCCCCAAGGAGGUUGUGGAGAAAUGGCUGGAUUACCUUCGGAAUGAGUUGCCAACCGUGGCUUUCAAGGCCAGUACCCAGCAUCAGGUCAAAAACCUGAAUCGUUGCAGCAUGCCAGUAGAUCAGGCCUCUGAGUCACUGCUGAAAAGCAAAGCCUGCUUUGGAGCUGAAAACCUCAUGAGGGUUCUGGGGAACUAUUGCCGCCUUGGUGAAGUGCGCACCCACAUUCGUGUGGGUGUUGUGGGUCUUCCCAAUGUUGGGAAGAGCAGCCUGAUCAAUAGCCUGAAGCGCAGCCGCGCAUGCAGCGUGGGAGCUGUUCCUGGAAUUACCAAAUUCAUGCAGGAGGUCUACCUGGACAAGUUCAUCCGGCUGUUGGAUGCUCCAGGCAUUGUCCCAGGGCCCAACUCAGAGGUGGGCACCAUCCUGCGUAACUGCGUCCACGUGCAGAAGCUGGCAGACCCUGUGACCCCAGUGGAGACCAUCCUGCAGCGCUGCAACCUGGAGGAGAUUUCCAACUAUUAUGGCAUCUCUGGGUUCCAGACCACUGAGCACUUUCUGACGGCAGUGGCCCACCGUUUGGGGAAGAAGAAGAAGGGAGGCUUAUACAGUCAGGAACAGGCGGCCAAAGCUGUCCUAGCUGACUGGGUGAGCGGGAAGAUCAGCUUCUAUAUACCACCACCAGCCACUCACACUCUGCCCACCCAUCUCAGUGCUGAGAUCGUUAAGGAAAUGACCGAGGUCUUUGACAUUGAGGAUACUGAACAGGCCAAUGAAGACACCAUGGAAUGCUUGGCCACUGGAGAAUCUGAUGAGCUGUUGGGUGACACGGACCCACUUGAAAUGGAGAUCAAGUUGCUGCAUUCUCCGAUGACGAAAAUAGCAGAUGCCAUUGAAAAUAAAACCACCGUGUAUAAGAUUGGAGAUCUCACUGGGUAUUGCACCAAUCCGAACCGUCAUCAGAUGGGGUGGGCUAAACGCAAUGUGGACCACCGCCCUAAGAGCAACAAUAUGGUGGAUAUCUGCUCAGUGGACCGCCGCCCAGUGCUGCAGAGGAUCAUGGAGACGGACCCCCUGCAACAGGGCCAGGCUCUGGCAUCUGCCCUGAAAAAUAAGAAGAAGAUGCAGAAACGUGCAGAUAAAAUUGCCAGCAAGCUGUCUGAUUCCAUGAUGUCUGCUCUCGACCUCUCUGGCAAUGCUGAUGAUGGUGUUGGUGACUAAUCGACUGAUCUCACUUCCCUUCCACUCCAAGCACCAGUGCCGGUGGUAUGGGGGAAUACCAGUGAAAUAGUUUGGUUCUCCCUGAAGCAUCUGCAUAUUGAAAGAACGCUUUCCCCACUAUGUGUCUUCUCCCCCUCCUCCAGUAAAAACAGUCCCGGCUAGGUGCUGUGGCUCACACCUGUAAUCCUAGCACUUUGGGAGGCCGAGGUGGGCAGAUCACCUGAGGUCAGGAGUUCGAGACCAGCCUGGCCAACAUGGUGAAACCCCGUCUCUACUAAAAAUACAAAAAAAAUUAGCCGGGCUUAGUGGCAGGUGCCUGUAAUCCCAGCUACUUGGGAGGCUGAGGCAGGAGAAUCGCCUGAACCUGGGAGACUGAGGCAGGAGAAUCGCCUGAACCAGGGAGGCAGAGGUUGCAGUGAGCCCAGACGGCACUAUUGCACUCUAGCCUGGGUAACAACACGAAACUCCGUCUCAAAAAAAAAAAAAGUCCCAAGGGGCUGCAGCUGCCAAAUCCAAUACCCUCUAUUUAACCCCUACUCUGUUUUACAAGAGAAGUAAAAGAAGUAUCAGCAGAGCUCAGGUGCUAACACCUGUUGAGGGCUGACCUACAAAACUCUACCUACAAAACUCUCUUAGACAGGUGAAUAUGCUACUAGAAGUUAGGUUGCUGGUAGACCUGGGGGUCCCUGUGGGAGGGUGAUGGUUUCUUUACCACCCCACAGGAGAUUUCAGUGGCAAGGCAUGCCUGCAGUGGGCUUUGGGCCAUGCAUCUUCCAAGUUCAUAGGUCUUCACCUGGGUGGCAGUGAGAGAAAGCAGAAAGUAAUGAGCCUCCUGUGUCUCUGGAAGGUUCUAGGAAUAGGGUAGAGGGAAGAAGAGAACAAACAAGCCUGGCUUGUGCUGAAUUAUGGUAGGCACUACCCUGUUUGCGUGAAGAGAAAACAAAGCAUCUGUUAGUAGGGAGGCUUUAGGGGGAAGCCCCGUCUUGGGGGCAUUUCUGGGCAGAUUGUGAAUUGGAGGAAUCUCUUUAACUGAAGUACUCUGGCUGGACCCUGCCCUUGUGUGACCAUGUCGCCUAUUGCACCAGCAUUUGAAUUCCAUGGCUCAAGAGGGUUCUGGUACCAUUUAUUCACAGACUGUAUCCUCGAGAGAACUGCUAUAUAUGGGAGUGUACCAGCCAACUCCUUUUCCAGUGUCUGUAAGUCACCUCAUUAAAGUACAAUUAGCUGUCUCCUCUGGGAGAUCCUACCCCAUCAGACAAGGGCAGUGAGCCCGAGCAGUGCCAGAGGCCCUCAGAAAGGGACUAGGGUAGGUGAUUGCAACUGAAACACAAUCUUCUUUCUUUGCCAGGGUAUUUUGGGGGUUUUGCCCAUGACUUCACUUCCCAGCAAUUUACUUGAGUUCACACAUUUGAAGUGGGUGGGCAUAGCAUUACUGCAGUCUUGGACGUCUACCCCAAACUUCCACACCAUCCUUCGACCCACAGCUGCACCUUUAUUUAUUUUGCUCUGUCACCCAGGCUGGAGUGCAAUGGCGUGAUCUCGGCUCACUGCAACCUCUGCCUCCCUGGUUCAAGUGAUCCUCCUGCCUUAGCCUCCCGAGUAGCUGGGAUUACAGGCACCCGCCACCACGCCUGGCUAAUUUUUGUAUUUUUAGUAGAGACGAUGUUUCACCAUGUUGGCCAGGCUAGUCUCGAACUCUUGACCUGAAGUGAUCCACUCGCUUCGGCUCCCCAGAGUGCUGAGAUUAUAGGUGUGAGCCACUGUGCCCGGCCCCACAGCUGCAUCUUAACCUUGCCUUUGCCUCUGCCUCUCAAGCUGGUACCUCCUAAUUUACAUCCUAAGAGUGGAACCAUGUGACAAGGACUGGAGUGCCAUUGGCUGCGGGCUGUUCAGGCAGGGAAGUACAAGACCACUCUUGUAUUCAGGGGCAACCAAAGGAGAGAAUUACGUACUUGUUGAGUACAAACUGCACCAAGCCCUGGAGACCCAUUACCACCUUUAACCCUCAAUACAGCUCUGCUAGUAAGGGAUUCAUCUCCCCAAAUGAAAAAAAGAAGUAAUCUCAGAAUGUUGGCCAAGCAUGGUGGCUCACACCUGUAAUCCCAGUUAUGCAGGAGGCUGAGGCAGGAGAAUCACUUGAACUCAGGAGGCGGAGGUUGCAGUGAGUCGACAUCACACCACUGCACUCCAGCCUGGGGGACAGAGUGAGACUUCGUCUCGGGGAAAAAAAAAAAAAAAAAAGUUGACAGCAUGGCCAGACCCAAGUGGGCAUAUUAAGUGGUGGUGCUAGGAUUGGAACCCAAGCAUGAUUAAAACCAUAUGCAGGCCCUUUCCUCUGUAUUGUACUGCCUCCUUAACAAAGGAAGAUUGAUUAAGCCCCUACUUUGUGCCAGUCUCUGUUAUCAAGUCUGUUAAAUGCAUUUUUUCUUUUUUGGUUUAAAAAACUCUUUAGUUUCUUAAACUACUAGUUUUUAGUGUCUUGCUAAAACUACACUCAGUGCUCUUGAAUAGGCUACAACUUAUUUCACACUAUCUCAUUGAACUCUCCUGGUAUGUAAUAGUGUUAUAAUGAAAAAAUUGCAUACCAGGACAGCUAAGUCUAUUUUGCAAUCAUACAGCGUUUUGUAAUUUAGCAUUUAAAAUACAGACAGUCCCUGACUUUUGGUGGUUUGAUGUAGGAUUUUUGGUGGAAAAGCAGUAUACAUUCAGAAUGCACCUCUACUUAUGAUGGGGCUACUUCCUGGUAAACCCAUUGUAAUUUGCAAAUUACGGGUUUAUCAGGAGGUGGCCCCAUCAGUAAUGGAGAAGUGCUGGGAGGUAAAUAUUAGAAAUGGAAGUAUCUAAAUGAGUAAGAAACAGCAUGGGAGCAUAAUUUGGCCAAAAUCAAAGAGAACUAAAGUAGUCAUGUCGGCAAGAAUUUGGGACUGCAGGCCAGUUAUGAUGGCUCUCACCUGUAAUCCCAGCAUUUUGGGAGGCCAAGGCAGGCAGAUCACUUGAGGUCAGGAGUUCAAGACCAGCCUAAACAAUAUGGCGAAACCUCAUCUCUACCAAAAAAAUACAAAGAUUAGCUGGGCAUGGUGUCUCAUGCCUGUAGUCCCAGCUACCUAUGGGGCUGAGGCAGGAGGAUCUCUUGAGCCCAGGAGGUCGAUGCUGCAUUGAGCCGAGAUUGUGCCACUGCACUCCAGCGUGGGCAACAGAGUGAGACUGUCUCAGGGAAAAAAAAAAGAGGAAAACAAAAAAGAUGUUGGGAGUGCAGUUUCUCUACCUACAGCAUAUCUCAAAGGUUUUUUUUAAAAAAGUAUUUUCUUUUUACCUUCAUUUUUCAAAACAAUUAGGGUUCAAUUUACAUAUAGUAAAGUUCACUCUUUAUAGUUUUAGUUAUGUGAGUUUGUACAAACAUAUAUAGGAGUGAACCACUAUCACAAUCGAAAUAUAGUUGCAUCACCCCCCUAAAACUCUACAGGCCCUUUUGUAGUCAACUCCUAUCCCCAACCCUCAGAUUCUGCUAACCACUGAUUUGUUUUCUGCCCCUAUAGUUUUGCUUUAGCAUGACUGUCAUAUCAAUAGAAUCAUACAAUGAGUAGGCUUAUUUUAUGCCUUCAGGUUUUGAAAAUUAUAAACAUUUACAUUACAGUAAAAUUCACUCUGGUGGACAGUUCUAUAAAGCUCUGAUAAAUGUGUAGAGUUGUGUAACCACCAAUGCAACCAAGGUACAGAAGCCUGUCCCUACCAAAUUCAUUCCUGCUACUUUGCAGUCAAAACCAGUCCCCUACACCCAAACCCUGGCAGUCACUGGUUUUUUUCUUCGUUCUUGUUGUUUUUUUUUUUUUUUUUGAGACGGAGUCUAGCUCUGUUGUCCAGGCUGGAGUGGUGCAGUGGCGUGAUCUCUGUUCACUGCAACCUCCGCCUCCAGGGUUCAAGCGGUUCUCCUGCUUCAGCCUCCCGAGUAGCUGGGAUUACAGGCGCCUGCCACCACGCCCAGCUAAUGUUUGUAUUUUUAGUAGAGAUGGGGUUUCACUGUGUUGGCCAGGCUGAUCUCAAACUCCUGACCUCAUGAUCCUCCUGCCUUGGCCUCCCAAAGUGCUGGGAUUGCAAGAGUGAGCCACUGCGCCUGGCCUUUUUCUUUGUUCUUAGGUUUUUGUCUUUUUUUUUUUUUUUGAGACAGAGUCUCACUCUUUCACUGAGGCUGGAGUGCAGUGGCGUGAUCUUGGCUCACUGCAACCUCCACCUCCCGGAUUCAAGCGAUUCUCCUGUCUUAGCCUCCUGAGUAGCAGGGACUACAGGUGCCCACCACCAUGCCAGGCUAAUUUUUGUAUUUUUAGUAGAGGCAGGGUUUCACCACACUGGCCAGGCUGGUCUUGAACUUCUGACCUCAAAUGAUCCACCCACCUCGGCCUCCCAAAGUGCUGGGAUUAUAGGCAUGAACCACCAUGUCCGGCCAUAUAUUUUCGUCUUUUGAAGAAUGUUACAUAAGUGAAAUUAUAUGGUAUGUAGCAUUUUGAGAGCGACUUCUUUUGCUAUGAGUAAUACAUUUGAGAUUCAUCCAUAUUCCUCAGUAUAUUAAUAGUUCUUAUUUCUGAGUCACUCCAUUGUGUGGAUUUACUACUGUUUAUUCCGCAGUUGAAGGAUGUUUAGGAUCUUUGCAGUUUUGGACAAUUACAAGUAAAGCUGCUAUAAACAUUUGUAUGCAACAUUUUGUGUUUUCAUUUAUCUGUAGUAAAUACCUAGAGUUGGAUUGCUGGGAUAUAUGGUAAGCAUAUGUUUGACAUUUUAAGAAACUUCUAAACUGUUUUUCAAAGUGGCUGUACCAUUUCACAUUCCCAUCAGUAUGAAAGUUUCAGUUCCACAUCCUUUCUAGUACUUGGGGGUGUCAGUUUAUUUUUUUAAUUUUUAAAUUUUUUUAUUAUUUUUUAUAACAUUUAAAUAGAGAUGGGGUCUCACUGUGUUGACCAGGAUGGUCUUGAACUGCUGGCCUCAAGUGAUCCUCCCAUCUUGGUCUCCCAAAGUGCUAGGAUUACAGGUGUGAGCCACCAUGCCUGGCCAGGUUUUUUGACAUUAGAUAUGUAGUGGUAUCUCAUCGUUUUUAUUUGCAUCCUCUAAUGAUUUGAGCAUAUUUUAUAUGCUUAUUUGCUAUCUACAUAUCUUAUUUGGCAAGGUGUUCACAUCUCUUGCAUAUUUUGGAUAGUUUUAUUAUUUUUGAAUUUUGAGGAUUAUAUGCUGGAUACAAGGGGUUUUUUUUUUUUUUGAAACAGAGUCCUCACCCAGGUUGGAGUGCAGUGGUGCAAUCUCGGCUCACUGCAACCUCCGCCUCCUGGGUUCAAAUAAUUCUCAUGCCUCAGCCUCCUGAGUAGCUGGAAUUACAGGCGCACGCCACCAUGCUUGGCUUUUAUGUUUUUACUGGAGACGAGGUUUCACCAUGUUGGCAAGGCUGGUCUUGAACUCCUGACAUCAAGUGAUACACCCGUCUUAGCCUCCCAGAGUUCUGGGAUUAUAGGCAUGAGCCACUGUGCCUGGCCACUGUAAACACUGUCUUUUUUUCAUUAUGGGAAAGCUUUAUUGACACAUUUGUUUUUAUUUUUAAAAAUUAUGGUAAAAUACACAGAACAUAAACGUUACCAUCUGAUAUGGUUUGGCUGUGUCCACACCUAAAUCUUGAAUUGUAGUUCCCAUAAUCCCCACACAUAUGUACCACAUUUUCUUUAUCCAGUCUGUCGUUGAUAGGUAUUUAGGUUGGUUCCAUGUCUUUGGUAUUGUGAAUAGUGCUGCAGUGAACAUAUGUGUGUGUGUGUCUUUAUGGCAGAAUGAUUUAUAUUGUGCAUAACCAAAACCAAAACUGUACUUAUUAAACAAUAACCUCCCAACCCCUUCUGCCCACAACCUCUGGCGACUGCCAUGCUACUUUCUGUCUCUGAAUUUGAAUACCCCGAUAUUCAUAUAAUAUUUAUCUUUUUGUGACUGGCUUAUUUCACUUUGCAUAAUGUAUUCAAGGUUAAUCUAUGUUGUAGCCUGUGUCAGAAUUUCUUUUCUUUUUAAUGCUGAGUAUUAUUCUAUUGUAUGUAUAUACCACAUUUUAUUUAUCCAUUCAUCCACUGAUGGACAUUUGCGUUGCUUCCACCUUUUGGCUGUUGUGAAAAAUGCUGUUAUAAGGAUGGGUAUGGAGAUCUCUCCCCUUUUUUUGAGACAGGUUCUCACUCUGCCACCCAGGCUGGGGUGCAGUGGUGUGAUCAUAGCUCACUGUAGCCUCGACCUCCUGGGCUCAAGCGAACCUCCCAUCUCCGCCUCUUGAGUAGCUGGGACCACAGGCAUGUGCCACCAUGGCUGUUAAAUUUAUCAAUUUGUUCUUCUAUGGAUCAUGCUUUUUGUGUUACAUCAGAGGAGUCUUUGUUUAACAUGAGAUGAUAAAGGUUUUCUCCCAUGUUUCCUCCUAAAAGUUUUAUAGUUUUAGGUUUUACAUUUACCAUUUUGAGUCAAUUUUUGUAUAUGGUACAAGGUAUGAAUCUAUGCUUUUUAAAAAAAUACGGUUACCCAAUUUUUCUAGCAUUAUGUGCUAAAACUUUGCUAAAGUCGCUUAGUUCUAGUAGCUUUUUUUGCAGAUUUCACCAGACUUUCUGCAUAGACAAUCAUAUCUUCUGUGAAUAAACAUGGUUUUAUUUCUUCAUAUCUAA